AUGGGGGAGAUGAAUUCCCUUCUCUCAAUCUCCUUCGUGGUUCGAUUCUACUACUUACUCAAAAUUUUCUUCUUCAUCAUACCACUCUCAAUGGUAAGCACUGUUCUUCAUCACCACCGUCCACACCGCCUCCUCCUCGACCCAGGCCAGCCUGCCAAUGAGAGCAGAACACAUAAUGGACCAUACUCGAACGAAGCGAAUUUCGACACCAACAUGGUGAUCAUCCUAGCAGCUCUUCUCUGUGCCCUGAUAUGUGCAUUAGGUCUAAACUCAAUAGUGAGGUGUGCCCUCAGAUGCAGCAGGAGGUUUUCUUUUGAGACCCCAGAUGAGGCUGCAGCAAGGUUAGCAGCCACAGGGCUUAAGAAGAGCACAUUGAGGCAGAUACCCAUUGUGUCAUAUGGGACUGGGGUGCUUAACAUUCCUAGUGCCACUGACUGCCCAAUUUGCCUUGGGGAAUUUUCAGAUGGGCAGAAAGUUAGGGUUUUGCCAAAGUGCAACCAUGGGUUCCAUGUGAGGUGCAUAGAUACAUGGUUCUUGUCACAUUCUUCUUGCCCAACUUGCAGGCAGUCAUUGCUGGAACCACAACCACAAGGUUCAGAUUCUUCAGAAGGACAGAAUGAUGUGGUGGUUGCUGUUGCUGGUGAUGAGGCUAAUUGAUCAUAGUGCUUGGACAUUAGGCAAAAUAGAAUUGUGACUAUCUUUUGUUUUGGUUAAAUGUAGCUAGCUUGUUGUUUUUAGUUUAUUAUAUUAGUUAUGGUAAGAGAUCGAUCUAUCUGAAGUGCUAUAAGCAAAUGCCUAAUGAGGUUUUUGAGGUUGA